ACGCGAGGCGAUGCGACGACGCGACACGACGCGAUAGCUUGAAUGACAAACAGAACUUAAACAUCGAUUUUUUGUGCUCUAAACCUUUUUAAAAUGUGCACAUAAAAUUAAAUUUAAAAGGGAUUUAUUCUCGAAAUAUUUUUUUGCAAAUCAGUGAAACCUUGCAACCACGUUUAACUAUGUUUUGAGUUUGGAAGCCGCCAACAUCGUUGUCCGAUGUAUGUUGUAUUUUCAACACAAUGAGCAAAGAAAGCAGUAUGUCAGAUCAAGUACGUGUAAAAGAAGAAGUGGCCGUGAAAGAGGAGCCGGAAUGGUCCGACAGCGAGCCGUGCCAAGAAGAGGUGAACUCUGUAAUUAAAUAUGAGAUUGAGAUCAAAACGGAGGUGCUACCGCCUGAUGAGGUUUCACCGACUGAGGAUACAACUACAACGGAGACAUGUACAGCAUCCCAAAAAAUAACAGAUGUUAGCACAUCACCACAACCAGACCAACCUCUAAGUUAUUACAAAAAAAUGAAAGCGAAAAAGACAUUCUUUUGCCACACCUGCAACCAAUAUUUCUCAAGCAAAACCGUCUUAAAUACGCACAUUCGAAUUCAUCUCGACAUAAAGCCUUACUGCUGCGCAAUAUGCGACAAAAAAUUCAGGAGUCCGUCGUGUUUAACGAUCCAUAAGAGAGUACACACUGGAGAGAAACCGUAUAAAUGCGAAGUAUGCAAGAAACAGUUUACGAAGCGUGUUAAUUUGAAGAGACAUUUGCGGACGCAUGUUGCUGCAGGUUUGAUCGACGGCCCAGCUAACAUGGGUGUCAAGCUAUUCGAAUGCGAAAUAUGCCACAAGCAGCUCACAAACAAACGCAACUUAAUCGACCACAUCCGCAUACAUACCGGAGAAAAGCCCUUCAAAUGCGACGUCUGCUCAAAACAGUUCGCCGACAAACGUAACUUAACCUGCCAUUUAAGAAUACACACCGGUGAAAAGCCUUAUGCGUGCCAUCUCUGUCAGCGCCAGUUUGUGCAAAAAGGACAGCUGAACUCUCAUCUACUAAGUCACUCUGCAGAAAAGCCUUACCCAUGUGACCUUUGUGAUAGACAGUUUACAAGAAGAGAUCUUCUAGCGCAUCAUAAGAAAUCAACUCAUAAUGGGGAAAAACCGUACACCUGCGAAACGUGCCAAAAGAAAUUCGCCCGCAAAAUGCAUUUAAAUAGACAUAUGAUCACACAUUCUGAUACAAAGCCUUAUCCUUGCGAAAUUUGUCCUAGACAGUUUACGAAUAAACGUAACUUUAUUAGUCAUAACAAGAUUCACGCGGGUGAGGUGCCGUUUUCAUGCAUGACGUGUGUGAAGCCGUUUAAAGAUGAGAAGGCGUUGGCAAGACAUAAAAGAUUCGUGUGUGAGAGAGAUCCUAGUUUGGGGCCUGUAAAACCUAGGAAAAAGAGUAAUAGAAAAGCGCCUGAGAAAAAAAACGAGACUGAACCACCACAGGCUCUGAAUUUGACAGUUAGUAUAAAGGAAGAACCUGAGUCGUAGAUUAAUAUUUAGGACACAAAGGGAUCCUUAGUGUUUAUUGUCUUGGAGUGUAGGUAUAAUAGUGUGAAAUGUGAGUGUAAAAUACCUAUAGAUAGAUUUUUGAUGGAUAAAUAAACUGAACGCAUCAUACAACUAUCGUUUGAAUAUAUAUAUGUCGAAUUGUGAUGGCGGCGCCACUAGUUCGCAAUGAUGUUUAUUAAUAUUUUAAAUUUUUUGUUUUUGUUUGUCAUAAGCAGGUAGCUUCAUGUAAACAAUCCGUGUAGAUCAUAAUUGUUCGAUCGCUGUCAACUGGUAGCGACACCUGUUGUCUGUAACCAUAAUUCAUUUAAUUUUCUUACUUGCAACACCUUGUUCAAAUCUUAAUUUAAAUAGCGUUAUGUUGGCCAACCUGUAUUCGUGUUUCCGGCUGUUCUUUAUUCUGAUUUGGUUGUUCAGAACUAAGUUGGCCAACCUGUAGGUACACAGUUUCCGUUCUUGCUUUAUUCUGAUUGGCUCUUAUUAAUUUAAAUGAAAACUGUAUACUGUUUCCGGUCGUUCUAUUUUCUGACUGGUUCUCGAUUGUAAUUGUUAUGUUGGUAGUACACUGGAAACGCAAGCAUUGGGUUUAUAACUUGAUUCUGAUUGGUUCCCCUUGCUUGGACAUGGCUGUUGGCGGGAGACGGUAUGGAGGUGGUGAAAUGAAGCCACGAGUGGACAUUUUGAUUUAGCAUUCGGUUAGAAGUAGACGUGCUCGCCAAGAGACUUGUCAGUUUCCACUAUACCUAGGUUACCUAAAAUACCUAGCUGCCAUAAGCUAUAGUUUUAAUAUAGUUCGAUAUCUUGCGUUUUGUAACAAGUGUUAUUUCUUAUUGUGUUAGUGCAAAUAAAAGUUAUUAAUCAA